AUGAAUGCACAGGGCAAGAAUUACGAGAGUUGUUUACAUUACAAAGCUGUUGCCCAAGGAGCAGAAAAGAUUUUGCUAGAAGAAACAGAAUAUUGGGGUAAAGACUUAAACAUCUCAAAGUCUCACUUUUUUUAUGUGUUUACUCUGCCUGCCAAUUGGGAUUAUGAUGCUCGGGAGAAGUUGAUUCGACCUCUAUUUAUUCAAGCUGGCUUAAUAGAAACUGAUGAUCAUGGCCGGCUAAUUUUUUUUACGCGACUAGAAGCAAACUUUCAAUUACUACAUGAUUAUGGAAAAGUAGGAACUGAAAACGGCAGACAAUAUAUUUUGUGUACAGUAGAGCAUAAGGAUGAACCUCGUGUAACUUUAGAAUUGUUCGCAGCUCGGUAUCCUUCCUUCACGUCAGUCGAAAGCAAAUAUGUUCCACAGCUAUUAAAAUCAACAUCUUUUACGGUUCCUCUUACUAUAAAAGAAAGAAAAGAACGGAUCAGAGCAUACCUGGAUAAAAAAUUCAAUACCGCACUUCCAGCAGAACUAUGUAAGGUACUGAUAAAUAGGAGUUUCUUUGUUGACUAUACGGACAAAGGUCAUGUUUCUGGAAAUUGUUGUGGCAAUAGUUAUUCUUCCAACUACUACUUUAAUCAUUAUAAUUUCAAUAAUUACCAUUCCAGUGACUUAAACACCAAGGACUAUUUUAACAAUAGCCUCAAUAACACAGACUACGAGGAUGAUGAUCUCAUCAGUAAUGAACAUAGCUAUGAUUCCGAAAACAACGACUCCAACGACGUUUUUACAGGGGACUACUCUGUCGACUUUUACCAUAAUGACUAUUUUGAUGAUUUAAAAAACGUUGACCAUAAGGACCACAAUAAUGGUGAUAAUCCCGACAAUAACAGUCUUGAGCCCGAUAAUGACAGCGUUGAGCCCGAUAAUGAAAGUUUUGAACCCAAUAAUAACAGUAUUGAGUUCGAUAAUAACAGUCUCUAUUCUGGGAACAGCAAUCACGAUGAUAUAGACUGUAACGACUUAAUCAAUGACACUGAUUUCGAUGACGAUAAUGACAAUCUCAGACACUACAAAUCCAAUGACUGUGAUUUUGUAGAGUAUCAUAACGUCGAAGAAGACUAUGGUAUCGAUGAAAGGCUUUUUUUAGAGAAGUGGUCGCUUCAAAAGUUUCUAGCACAUAAUCCUUUUAAGAGUGCGCAUUACGGAUCGUAUGAAAAUCAUAACGCAUCUUAUGCAAAGUAUAAUUUGGAGCAGAGCAACAUUGAUUUUAUUGAAUCAGUAACUAUCAAAGAUAUAUAUGAAGACUUUCCCGAAAUUUCCGAAACAACAUUUACAGAUAAAAUGAAUUCCAUGUUUCAACACUCAGACAAAGCCAAUAUUACAGCAAUACUAAUCCAUACAGUAGAUAGGACGCCAAUAUGGGACUGGAUUUUUUUAACGAAACACAUCGAUAAAUGGGUUCAAGCAUACGGCGAGCAACAAAGACGAUGUAAAUUGAUGACAUUUAUAGAGGAUGAUGUUGAAUGUGUAAAUUUGAAAUUAAGUGCAUUCGAUAGAAUGAAAGGCUGCUCAAAUUUAGUGAUAAAUCCUAUAAAGGAAUCUAACAAAAACAGAGACCCAGCAAUAACAUCUGCAAAUUUAAAAGAUAUAUGGCCAGAAGAAUCUUUAAGACCCGUUCACUUUAUUAACAUAGACAUUCUGCAAACAGAGGUUAAAGUUAUUUUUACUUACGUCUAUGAAAAUAACAAUACUGAAAAACCUGCAAAAAAUAUUCAAUGUAAUCUAAAAUCGCUAGACAGCUUUAUCGCUUGUUCAAAAUUGGGACAAAGACCGUCGCUUCGUAUGACCAAUAGGACGAUGCUAUUUGUAGAAUGUAUUUUUGGCGACUAUCUUAAACGAUAUACAGACAUUGAUCAAAGGAAAGAUAUUAAAGACUUGUUUAUGUGCCCUGGAUCAAAGAGGCUCGAGGAACUAUUAGAAGAAAAUUUAGACAAGCAAUAUGGGACUGAUUGGAGGGACAAAAAUAUUGGCUUCGCUGUAUCUAUUGACAAGAACAUAUUAGACCGUUUUUUCUACUCUAAGGAAAAUUUGAAUGAAUUAUUUUUUGCCAGUGGAUUUCUCCAAAAAAACAACAAUCAUCGUAAGGCGAAAAUUUCAACAUAUGCCGAAGAAAUUUUACCCGCGAUUCAACAAAAGCUCAAAAGUUUAAAAUUUGAAAUGAAGUCCUACUUUGUGAUCGCUCAAACACACCCGACGUAUAUUCAGCUCACUUUGCAUCAAGUCGUUAAGUCCUCCUCUAAUGGAGAAGAUGCAGCUACUAUCAUUAUCGAAGAUAAAAUUAUACAGAUUGAGGAUGUAUAUGACGCCAUGUGUAAGCAGAUUUGGAAAACAUUGGUGCCUUGGGGUCAUAUCAAUUAUUGUGACAUUCACAAAAACAAUGUAAACACGUCUCAAGAUUUGGGAUCAGCAGAAAUUUAUAAAAGUAUUUGUCAAGUAUUAAAACAAUUUGUGCUCGAAAUCUUCAAAACAAACAACGAAUUCCUAGAUAUGGACGCCAAAAAAGAGAUGAAUAUAAGUAAUACAUGCUCAAGUAGCACAUGCUCAAGUAGCACAUGCUCAUGUAAUAUGAGUCUUUCUCUACGCAACAUUAUCGAUGUUGGUUUAAGGCCAAUAAUACAAAAAAUAACAACAAUCACAGCAGCUGCAUUGACUAACACUGAACUAUUUCGAUUUUACGAAGUCAGCUAUCUAUUUAUACUAGGGAAUCCAUUCAGUCUAUCUCCCAAUUCCAUGAUUUACAAAAUGUAUAAUGUUUUGAUUCAAGAAGCAAUUGAUAUUAGUAUCGAGUCAAAAGAAAAGGAUACACAGGGGUUUGUUCUUUUAGAAUCUUUUGACCAAUUAUUGAUCCCAGUUACCCACAACAAGCCAUACUUGUUUCACAAUUUUAUUUCAGGAAAAAUAGUUCAGGUAGCAAGAGAAACUUAUGGUAUACGGCUCAAUCAAUUAAGAUUUCAAUUCCAUCCUUCAUUUUACCGUAUAAAGUGUGAUGGCUCUCAGGAAACCAAAAUAGCCGACGAAGGCACCUACUUGGUAGUUCUUCAAAAAGGACAGGAAAUUCCUAUAACAGGCCUAGAUAUAAGGAUUGGUCUAGAUUCCACAUUUAGGGAGGGUCUGUCAGUGGAAAUUAUCGGAGUACAAUAUCCAAGUAAAGUCGUGGCGAAUGAACCAAUUCUUUUGCCGGAAGAUUCUGCAGGUAUCAUGUCAACACUACACGUCGAAAAAAGAGAAGAAGCAUCAGCACGGCAAAUAAUUGUGCAAUUUAAGCACAUCAACUAUAAAAGUUCUCUUCAAAUAUCACUUAGAGAGACAGGUGGAGGAGUUGGCUGUUCUACAGAAUACCCGAUACAGAAAUUAAAUAUUGAAGAACCUUUGACCCUUGCCUAUAUUUGA